UUUGCGGCGGAGGGAAACGGACUUGCGGGGAAUACCAUCAAAAAAAAAAAAAAAUCCAUACUCUUCCACUUGUACAUGUGAUUCAGCGUCAUAGUAUUGCUCUAAUCGCCCGAAAACGCGAUAGGAAAUACUAAACAUUAGUGAACGCCUUAGUAGCGUUGCAUACGUGUAGAGUUCCAGGGGCCGGUAAAAUAAGACCGUGGCAUUAUUGCUUAGUGGCGUCAGCUUUUCCAAUGAGUCAGUUUUCGCCAUGUCGAAAAUGUCAGAAAAUGUCAAUCGUACGCCUUAGCGCGACAUGUUUGCUGGAGACUCGGAAUUGUGGAAGAGAUGGCUUGGAGAUAGCCGACAACAAAGACUCAUUUCAAGACUCUUAUCUCCAACCCUCUUGAGUCUUUUUAUAAAUUAGAAUGUCCAUCCGCCGGAUUGUAUCAAACAUCAAACAAAUAAGAAGUCUCAGACAAAACAACAAUUCUCUUCCACAUUCUGUUGUCUCGUGUGCUCCACAUACUCAACCUACAUCUCAUACUAAGUUGUCGGGUCUCUCACUCACUCGCUCACACCUCUCACACCUCUCACGCCCUCACAAACUCAACACACUACCAUCCAAAAUGGCACCAAUUUCACUCUCUAUCCGCAAAGCCACUCCGGCCGACCUUGCACCCGUUCUCGCACUCGUGCGCUCCGCAUAUCGCGGUGAAUCCAGCCGCGCAGGAUGGACAACCGAAGCAGAGCUCGUCGAUGAUCAACGAAUCGACGAAGAGGGACUUCUGGCAAAGAUCAAUGAGCCUUUUGGAGCAGUACUUGUUGCCCAGGACGAAGCCGGCGACAUCUUGGCAUGCUGCGAGGUUCUGAAGCAGAGCGACACCGUGGGAUACUUUGGCCUUUUUGCCGUAAAUCCCCUACGCCAAGCCGGAGGAAUCGGGCGCACUGUCCUCACUGCGGCGGAAGAAUAUGCCAAGCAGACGUGGGGUCUAACGGAGAUGGAGAUGACCGUCAUCUGGACUCGCGAGGAGCUGAUUCAGUACUAUAUUCGCCGAGGAUACACGCUGACGGAGAAGACGAAGCCGUUUCCUUAUGCUCAGCUAGUCGGCGGCAAGGCGUUGAGAGACGAUUUGUAUUUUUCCGUCUUAAUAAAGGCUCUUUGAGAAGUGCGUAAACUCACAAGCACUUUGGGAUUAUAUUUGGGAUGCUGAGUUAAGCAUGGAGUUGGAUGAAUUGUAGAUGGCGUCUGAUUUUGAAGCAUGAGCAUGAAUUGACGAUAUCUGAUGAAUUA